AUGCCCACGGAGCUCAUCGAAGCCUGCGCGGAGUACUUGAGCGAUACAGACCUUCUGUAUUUCCGCUUGUCUUGUAAACAUGCAGACGCAAAAACUCUACGCAUAGUCGGCGAGCGCUUCUUCUCCACGUUCCAGACCAACCUCAUGAGAUCCGACAUCGAGAAACUCGACGUUAUCACUCCGGGUGGGCGACUAGCGAGAUACGUCAAAGCCAUCCGAGUUCAGGACGAAGAAGAGAAGGUUACCAGACUUGUACCCUAUGGCGAUUACGGUACUGACCUGGGUAUCAAAAACCGAGAUCAAGAGCGAGAGAAUACGAGAGACGCGUAUCGCAUCUGGCCGCGCAAAGAAGCAGGCGUGCUGGGAGUAGACAGGAUAGUCGUUGCUAAGUUCAUGACCAUACUGAAGGAAGGUCAUCUAUCUCUGGAUAGUUUCGCCAUUUACGACUAUUACGAUAGUUCAGCACAGCGCAAUACACGAUUGGCCACUACAGUCGCUGGAGCAAUGAUUUCCUACGCGCAACUGGCUAUUACUUCAGUACGGAUCUCCAUUACUGGAAUUCUAUCUCAAUACAGGACCCUGGUGACCUACAAUCUCGACCGAACAAGACAAGGAGACAAUGUGGGUCUCAGCUUGCUUCGAAAAGCAGAGGUUCAUAGUUCAGGCGGUGGCCCUUCAUCAAAUUCCCGCUGUACACAAGUCUUCCACAUCGCGCCAGCGUUGGAAGAUCUCCAGUUGGAGCUCUGGGGGCGGGCAGACGCCCUGCUCGCCAAUCUUUUCCACCAGCCAACGCCUCUCAUGAAGCUCAAGACCGUGCGCUUGAAACAAUCGGACGAUAUUGGGAGUCUCUUCAAAGGCAUUGUAUCGGCAUCCAUGGAGACCAUGGACAGCAUAUAUCCCUGA